AUUCAUUUUUUAUCGUAUAAGCAGGAGUCUGUUUCUGCUUCCAAUAUUGCUCAGCGAUUCUUCUUUUUCAGCAAUAGAUUAAAUCAACUUAAUUUUUCACGUUACAUUAAAAACUAAGUUUCUUAAAAAAACGCUGAUAAGUGUACUUCAGCCCAAAGUUUACUGGUUGCAAAUCUUUGUCAAAACAUUUUAAAGUAAUCCAUAUAAGAAAGGAUUUUCUCUGUGAAUGGAAUCGUCUCGGGGUAUUUCUGGAUCGAAGCAGAGGUACUUGUUGAUGAAGCACUACAGGACAGACUGCAUGUUGGCGCUGGCUCUCACUAUCAAGUACAAGGAGGAGUUCCUGGACGAUGUGGAGAACCUACUCAUGGGUCCAUUCCAGUUUAAGCUGGCCACAGAUAUACCAGGCUUCGACCGAGUGUUCAGGUAUAAAGGCUCGAAUUCGUUCGGAGGCGUGAACAAAGUGCAGUUGUUUGAGUGGAUGGCCAAGAAGGGGUGGGUGCUCAACUGCUGCUUCGGAGACAAGUUCUUGGAAGAGUAUAUAUUUAUCAAAUCGGGAUCGAGUAUUGGUUCUACGGGGGGAGGGGCAGUGGCAGGAGGAGGGGGAGGAAGUCGAGCCAUGAGCAGCACGAGCAGGGCCGGUACUUCUAUGGGCGACAAUGACGACUGGUAAAAUCAGAAUAGGACCAUCCUCUUAUUGAUCUUAUCAAAUUCACGAGAAAUCUACUUACUUUUUUGGAUCAUUGCUGUAUUUAUAAAACGUUUUCAACAACAUUUGACAACUGUAUUUUAUGUCAAAAUAAACUAUCGCUCAUCUGAUUUCCUUAUGAUGCAAUUU